AUGCCUACGCUGUUCUCACAGUUUGCUCUUCUUCGGUCUCGGCAAAACCUACGAUCUCCCUCCCAACUUCUCUCUCUCUCUCGAACCUCUCUCUUUCGAACCUCUCUCUCUCUCUCUCUCUCUCUCUGCGGGAAUGGGCGGUUCCCACAGUCGCGAGGGUUUGGAGCUCUCCGAUUCCGACACCGAGGAAGAAGAAGACGAGUCGGAAACGGAAGAAGAAGAGUCUCCGGUGUCGAGCGCCACCCCCACCGGGCGUAGCCCAGCCGGAACUCUGAAGCCAGGUACCGCCGUAUCUGUAGACGAUGUGGACUCGAAGCUGCAGUCUCUUAAGCUAAAAUACUCGAAUUCCCCCUCAUCGAUCACCCCAACCAAAAACCCUAAUAUCAAGAACGCAGUCAAGCUCUACCUCCACAUAGGCGGCAGCUUGCCGUCUGCAAAGUGGAUUAUAUCCGAGAAGUUGGUAAUUUAUUCGUUUGUCAAGUCUUCCUCCUACCCGUACACCUCUUCGCACGAUGGAAACUUGGAUGUUGAGGACGUGGAGGAGGAACGGGAUGGCUCUUCCUCUCCUUGGUUCUUAAAGAUUGGGUCCAAGGUGCGGGUUGAGGUUGGGCCUGGAAUGCAAAUGAAGACAUUCCCGGACCAAAAACGGGUUGAUUUCGUCGCGGAUGGAGUUUGGGCUAUAAAAUUCUUCACUGCAGAGGCUUACGGCAUUUUCCAGAGUGAGUACCAAAAAUGUCUUUUUGAAAACAUCUAUGGCUUUGAAUCCAACGAGGAGAAUACAGUUAAGGUUUUUGGCAAGGACUUCAUGGCAUGGGCAAAGCCGGACUCAGCUGAUGACUCCAUUUGGGAGGAUGCAGUCGAUAACUUUGACAAACCCCCCGUGCAUGCCUCUCCGGCUAAGCAAAGCCAGUCGUUGUUUGAUGAGUUUGAAGAAGCCGUUGAUGAAGGAGGAAUACAGAGUCUUGCCCUUGGAGCUCUUGAUAACAGUUUCCUUGUCAGCGACUCUGGCAUCCAGGUAGUAAGGAACUUUAAUCAUGGAGUUCAUGGGAAAGGGGUUUCGGUGAGAAUUUCUGGUAAUGGGAAUAACUAUUCCACUCCUAAGAAGGCCCUUCUGAUGAGAGGCGAGACCAACAUGCUGUUGAUGAGUCAAAUGAAUUCUGCAAAACCCCAUUCUAGUGGAGUUGACCAGCUUGAUAUUGAAACGGGAAAGGUUGUGACGGAAUGGAAGUUUGAGAAGGAUGGAACAGAUAUUACCAUGAGGGACAUCACAAAUGAUAGCAAGGGUUCACAACUGGAUCCAUCUGAAUCAACUUUCUUGGGAUUGGAUGAUAAUAGGCUUUGCCAAUGGGAUAUGAGAGAUCGGAGAGGGUUGGUUCAAAAUAUAGCGAACUCAAUGGAAUCAUCAGUAUUGCAAUGGUCGCAAGGGCAUCAGUUUGCAAGGGGCACUAAUUUUCAAUGCUUUGCAACAACUGGUGAUGGUUCGAUUGUUGUUGGUUCUCUUGAUGGCAAGAUCCGGCUGUAUUCAAAGAGUUCAAUGAGAAUGGCCAAGACUGCUUUUCCUGGGCUUGGUUCCCCUAUCACACAUGUUGAUGUUACAUUUGAUGGAAAGUGGGUUCUUGGUACUACAGACACAUAUCUGAUUCUUAUAUGCACUAUUUUUAAAGACAAGGAUGGGAAGGAGAAGACUGGUUUUAGUGGAAGAAUGGGCAACCGGAUUGCAUCCCCAAGAUUAUUGAAGCUCACUCCAUUGGAUUCUCAUUUGGCUGGCAAAAGCAAGUUUCAGAAGGGGCAGUUCUCAUGGGUGACUGAGAAUGGCAAGCAGGAGAGGCAUCUUGUUGCAACUGUAGGCAAAUUCAGUGUAAUCUGGAACUUCCUCCAGGUGAAGAAAAGCAACCAUGAAUGCUACCGCAACCAGGAAGGGCUGAAGAGUUGCUAUUGCUACCGUAUUGUUCCCAAGGAUGAAUCCAUUGUUGAUAGCCGUUUUAUGCACGAGAAGUUUGCUGGUACUGACUCUCCAGAUGCUCCGCUGGUUGUGGCUACUCCCAUGAAGGUCAGUUCCUUCAGCAUUUCUAAUGCUCGGCGCUAAUCCUUGUUUAGUUACUUAAUUCUUAUAUAACUCUUUGCAAUUCUGCUAUGUUAUUAUGCUUUUAAUCUUUGAAUUCCUUUGGGUUUUGCACUUCAUUGUGCUUUGUGGAAAUUUGCUUGUUUGUUUUUACUGGAGUUUGAAUUAACACAGUUGAAACUUUGAACUUUUGUAAUUUGGGAUAUAAUACCUUUUAUAAACUUUUUUAUAUUGUUUUGUA